UUUUCUUAACUUUUCUUACAAGUCUGCCAUAUCCCAUUUUCAGCAUUCAAGUGCUCAGAAAAAAGAGGAAAAGCAGAAAUAGAUAGAUAGUAUACAAAUUUGAGCUUUUUUUCUUCUGUAAACUUUAUCUUGUUUUCUGGGCUGUGAUAAUAGUUAAUGGGCUCUGCUUAUUUCUUUGCUUUUGCUGAUGGUUGCUCUCAGCAGUUGAAAAGUGGGAUAGGAGAUAUGAAUUGGGGUUGGAUUAAUGGGUUGAUAUUUCAAAAGGGUUCUUGAAAGAAGAGGUUUUUAGGCUGUAAUUUAAGGAAGUGGAGCAAAGAUGCAGUGUACAAGCUAUCUUUCUGGGUAUUAUUAUACUAGAGAGCAAAAUGUUGAUGCUAGUGGGAGCUUAUGGCAACAAUUCAACAAUGGUUUCUUCUGUAGAAGUGGCAGAGACUACAAUAUUUUGUCUCAGCAACCAAUGACUGAUCAGUAUUUAGCUUAUAACAAAGAAAUAUUAAGGCAGACAAUGCUAAAGCAUGAAUCAUUAUUCAUGUAUCAGGUUCGUGAACUACAUCGCUUGUAUGGGAGGCAAAGGGAGUUGAUGGAUGAAAUAAAAAUGAUGGAACUAAGUAAAGAUCAUCUACGGAUGCAAACUUCCUCGUCAAAUUCUUUUGUAUCUGGAAUGCUGUGUGAUACUUCUAAGAAGGCUUUACAGCUUCCAGGAUGGCUUUUAUCAAACCCAAGAGAUGAUAAGCCGUCUGUACAUGGAGUGGAAAACUUUCAAAGGCCCUCAAAUUUUGUUUCAAAGAAGAGCAUCCACGCUGGUUCUGAUGUUUAUCUAGAAGAAAACCAUUUGAAAGAACUUGAAGUCUCAUCAUGUGGAAGGAACAAAUAUGGGAAGAGAAUGUUAAAUCUGGAACUUCCACCUGAGGAAUAUAUGGAUAGUGAUGGAGGCGAAGAGCUAGAGAAGGAAAAAUCUUCUGAAGUCUCUCCAGUUCAGCUUGAUCCAUCUGUAAGAUUUGUAGACUCUUCGCCUAAGAGUAAUUUAAUACUCAGAAAAGGAGCUUCUUCCGAUUUUAAUUCAAGUUGCAGCAAUACAAGUUGUUUGCUUGAUUUGAAUGCUCCUCUACCUUCUGAUGAACCAGUUACAAUUUCCAGCAGUUUAGUUGACUCUAACAUGAGCAGCACAGGAAUCAAGCAACAGGAUCCAGAUUUAUCUGGAAAGCCAAGAUCAAAAACCCCUGACUUGAUGAGUAUUGCUUCUGAUGUUCUGGAAGGAAAAGCGAGUAUUGAAGCAAAUUCUGGGCUUCCAGUUCAAUCCGCUGGAAAGUUGACCCUGCCAUGCAAUGAUAAAACAAUUUUGGGUUCAAAAUCAACCAAAAAAGAGCAAGACUUCAAUAUCAAUGAGCUGAGAAUGUUAAGCUCAUGUGUAACCACCGCAUCCCAACUUGUGCAGUUCUCUGAUCAAACCAAUACAGGAGCAUCAGCUUCAAAUUCUUCCUGGAAAGCAUCAUACACUGAGGUUCCUAUAGCAAUUCAAGCACUGCCAUGCUUCAGUUCUAUACAAUUCUCCAGUAAAACUUCCAGAUCAUCUAGUGGAAGCUCUGUGAUUAAAGAGAAGUAUUCAAAUGGAAAUGCAGUACUCUCUUCAAAUCUGGGAUGCAUUACCUCCCAUAUGAGCUGCACCAGUAAUAAUCAACCCACUGCUGAAUACCUUGCUGGUUUUGUUGAGGACCCAGUUCACCAAAUUCCAGUGGAUAUGGAUCUGAAUACCAUGCCUUGUAACUCAGUGCCUGAAAUAGAAGAUUCUCAGGAUAAGGACAGGAGUAUGGUUGGAGAAAAAAAGUGUGAAAAUUCUGUAGGGCCAUUGAAUGGACCAAGAGUUAAGCCAGAUUCUGAAGAUCAGAUAGGUGGAUGUCCACAUUUGUUAGAUCCUCCAAUUUCCAGAAGCCAAUUUUGUGCAUUUACUGCAAUUGAUUCCAAUUCAAAUUUAUCUGAGGAAAACGACAUCCAGAAUGGUGAAAUGGUUGAUCUCCCUGCUAGCCAUAUGUCUUGUGAUUCUUCACACGAUUUAGAAAAAUCUCCAAAAGAUGAUGAAACUUGUCCAGCUAACGAUUGUGGAAAAGAAAUGUCCCAGUUGAAAACUUGUAUGGACUUGCGGUUCUCCAACACGGAUCAAAAGCAUUCCCAGGUACUGACUGAAACAACUGCAGUAGGGACAGAUUUGCAGGCACCUAUCAGUCCAGACAACAAGGAGCAUUCUCCACCUAGAGAAGAGUCCGAGGACAAUCAAAGCGAGAAUCAUGAAGGUACAGUCAAGGAACUUGACAGGAUUGCAGCAGAGGUUAUUCUUUCGAUUAUGUUUUCUGGCAAAAAACAAAGUCUCAACACUAGCAUGAGUCAACUAUUAGAGGUUUCUGUUGACUGCCUAGGUUGGUUUGCUGGGAUUGCUUGUACUGUGGCAGGUUCUGCAGAAAAUGAAUCGGAAGAUCAUCUGGCUGAUGCACCUGUUGGCAAUUGCAGUGAUCUUGCUCCCAAAGUGCUUGAAAAAUUGGAAGCCAUGACAUUCAAGUCCACAGGAAUCAAGGUUGAAGAUCAUUGUCAUAUGACCAUUGACCAGAAAAACAAGUUAAUAGGUGAUCCUCUACUGACAAGUGAGGGACAAUCUAGAAAGGCAAGGGGGUGGCAGGACGCGACUGAGAAUCUUCGGCCCAUUAAAAAGCUAAGAGCUGCUGCAAGAACAGCUCAUGAGAAUGUCAAAGUCAGGAAGAAAGUCGGGAGAGUUGGAUGUGCUAAAGGGAGGAGGCACUCUAAAAGGUUCCCUCUCAAUGCAAUCAGCAGAAAGGCGUGCUCGCUUUCAAAACAGAAUCCUUGUCAAAGUGAGCAGAGCUUUCUGCAGAGUUGCUCAUUUGGCUGGGGAAGGAAACAUAGACGGCAAAAGCAUCGGAGGGCUCGGUCUUAUUUUGAUCUUGGUUUCACUUAACAUGGCUUCUCUGUAAAUUACAUGGAUAGAACCUACUUGUCUGGCUGUAGGAAGAUUGAUAGAAUGAUAGGAAGCUAAUGAACUUAGCUCUGAAGCCUUUUUGAGCAAUGAAUGUUUUAAGCUGUGAAGUCGUAUUGAGCUGCUUAAUGCAUGGAAAGACUCUUGGCAAUUACUAGAAUUGUCGAGAUAGGAAAAAGUUGAAUCUCCUUCACCACUCUGCUUUGUCUUGUGUCGUUUUUUUUUUGUAGUAAAGGUCAAUUACCGCACUCUUGGCCCUAUGUACAUAUGUUCCAUAUGUACAUGUGUACAGAAGCUGAUUUUGAUUGUACUCCUGGGCAAGGUGGCAAGUGAAAACCUCUUUUGUCCUCUAAGAUAAAUGACAAAUGUAUCCAUGAAAA